AUCGUAUAAUAUAAUUUACAUGUAUUGUUUGGCAUUAUUUGUGAUUUUAAAAGCACGCAUAGACUCUAAACAGCUACCUUCUGCAUUCUAGAAGAAAACACGGUGGAAAAACAUAAUGACCCACGAAAACUAUUCCUUUCUACUGUGACAGACCCCGCCUCUCCUCAUGAUGUAUUAGACACAGGAAUGACAAAAUAACAUCUAAAUGAGAGAGAAGAAAGCAGCGGUGACAGACGAAAGCAACCAAGAGACACCGAAAGAUGAAUUAAAGAAGAUGCUUAUAAAUAUAACGGUACACAAACUUCACAAAAGAAAUGACUUCCUCAUUCCUGGCCAAUUCUUCCCUCGGCCCUUCAGAGCUCCACUGUCCCCUCCUGCAGAUGAUGAUCAUUCACCGGCUGAACAAUGACAAUCGGGUCAACAUGGCGGCGGUGAUUGUGCAUGGUGUGGUUUCCGCUCUGGGGAUCCUGGAAAACGGGCUGGUGCUCUGGGUGUUGGGUUGGCGUCUUCAGCGCAAGACUGUUGCCUCAGUGUGGGUUCUCAAUCUGGCUCUGUCUGACUUCCUAACCACACUAACCCUCCCGCUGUUCACUUAUUACCUGCUAAACGAACACAGCUGGGAGUUGGGUGGGCCAUUGUGUGCAGCCCAGGCAUCCAUUUUUUUCCUCAACAUGUUUGUUUCUGCCUUUCUCCUGGCCGCUAUUUCUUUGGACCGUUGCUUGUUAGUUACUAAGCCAGUGUGGACUCAAAACCAACGCACAGUGUCAAUGGCGUGGAAGAUCUGCGGUCUCGGAUGGACGUGGGCUGCUUUUAACACGUUCCCAUACUUCAUGUUUCGUUCUGUUGUGGUUAAACAAGAUGGACGCAAACUCUGCUACCACGAUUUCGCUCUCUAUUCUUCCCCGAACACUUUGAACAUAGACUGUAAGGUACGUCAAACGGCGACAGCGGUGUCUAAAGUGUUACUGGCGUUUGUGGUGCCCCUAGUGGUCAUCGCCGUCAGUUACGCUUCAUUCGUUCUGGAGUUACGGGCUCGCAGAAAGAGGCUUGAAAGCAGGUUAAAAGUUGCGAGAAACGACAAACAGACAUCCUCAAAGUUCUUCCGCGUCCUCUCUUCAUCAAACGGACAAAACAGCACUCGCCUAUCACAAAGUUUCACAAAAAUGAUCUUUUCGGUGAUCGCAACGUUCGUCCUCUGCUGGGUGCCGUACCACCUCUUCUGUCUGCUGGAGGUGACGGCUCAGUACAAAACAGAGUUUGUGGAUGUGGUGGAGGAGUACUUACCUUUCGUGACGACAUUUUCCUUCCUGAACUCUGUGUUGAAUCCAAUUAUCUACACGUUCAGCUGCCCGGACUUCUGCACCAGGAUCCGCCAGAGUCUGGGGACUCUUUUCGAGGGGUUGGUGGAGGAAGCUGGACCUCUGUUGGUUGCUGGACGAAGGAGAAAAAGUGAUCUAUCAUCCCCUAUUUUUUUACUCCGCUCCCCCACUACUCCUAGAACCCACCUUGCCCAGCUCAAAUCUCAGGGCUCCUUUGACCCCUUUGCCUUUAAAAGCCAUCCUAUAAAUGAGGGAAUGAAGGACGCCAAAAUAUGACUUCAUAACAUAUCCUGGCAAUCAAGGUCAAGGUCAAACUUAUUGUCUCCCUUUUUGAAUGAUUUUUUGUUAGAAAAAAGGUCUGCUGUACAUAGACACCCACAAGACAACAUAUAUGUAUUGAAUAUGGCCGAUCAGAAUCACAAUUAUUUAGUUUUUAUUCAACAAAUAAUACACCAUCAACUUCUCCUAUCCAGAAAAGACUGGAUGGUCAGUUGUAAUUCGAUUCCAAGGUAUUUACAGGAAGGAAUGCUCAGAAAUGGACACACAGAGAACUCCUACAAGCUUCUUGCUUAAAGGUGCAGUAGUUGAUCUUCCACAAUGCUAACAGCUUAGCAUAAAUCUCUAAAUCACAGUCCCUCUCUCUCGUGAACGCCCGGCGGUCGACGUAGAUGCAUACAAACGGCUGCACAGUUGUUCAAAUCUGCAUUUGCUGACAGAUAGAUUGGGCUACUUAUAGGAAUUAUGAGAGAUGACGGUCCGACUCUAUUUAAUUGGAUGAACAUUUUUUGUUUUAUGCC